CAGACAUGCACCUAUCACUCCGCUAGUUCCUGAUCCCGGUACAAUUUAUACUUUAUGAUGGAACCCAUCAACUGGAUGUUAUUCUGCUCUGUCCUUUUCUUGUUAAGUGAAGAUGGCGCUCCAGCGGCAGAUCAACAAACAAGUGGGAUCCGGAGAUCAGGGAUUGUUUCCUCAAGUGUAGAACACAGAUUAUACAAAGAUCUCUUCUCUUGCUACAAUCCAUAUAUUCGGCCUGUGGAAAAUGUAUCUGAUCCGGUCACCGUGCAGUUUGAAGUAUCAAUGUCACAGCUUAUUAAAGUGGAUGAAGUUAAUCAAAUUAUGGCAACUAAUGUCUGGCUGAAACAUAUAUGGAAUGACUACAAGUUGAAAUGGAAUCCUAAUCAAUAUGGAGGCAUUGAAUUUAUUCGAGUACCUGCAGAUCAGAUCUGGAAACCAGACAUUGCCCUCUAUAACAAUGCAGUUGGUGCAUUUCAGGUAGAUGACAAAGCCAAAGCUUUGUUGAAAUAUACUGGAGAUGUCACCUGGAUCCCACCAACGAUAUUCAAAAGCUCGUGUAGAAUAGAUGUGACAUACUUCCCAUUUGACUAUCAGAACUGCACCAUGAAGUUUGGCUCCUGGACCUAUGAUAAAGCAAAGGUUGAUUUGGUAAUGAUUGGCUCUGCCGUAAACCUUAAGGAAUUCUGGGAAAGUGGAGAAUGGGUCAUUAUUAGUGCACCUGGAUACAAGCAUGAAAUUAAAUACAACUGCUGUGCGGAAAUAUAUCAAGACAUCACCUAUUCAUUGUACAUAAGACGCUUGCCGUUAUUCUACACUAUUUACAUGAUAAUCCCUUGCCUCCUUAUCUCUUGUUUGACCAUACUUGUUUUUUACUUGCCUUCAGAUUGUGGAGAGAAGGUUACAUUGUGUAUGUCUGUCCUUUUGUCCUUAACUGUGUUCCUCCUAGUCAUUACUGAAAUUAUUCCUUCUACAUCAUUGGUCAUCCCACUCAUUGGUGAAUAUUUACUUUUUACAAUGAUAUUUGUAACCUUGUCUAUUGUAAUUACUGUAUUUGUGCUAAAUGUACAUUACAGAACGCCUAAAACACAUACCAUGCCACAAUGGGUGAAGAAGAUCUUCUUACAAAUGCUUCCAAAAAUUAUGUUUAUGACAAGACCAGCAAAAGAAGAAUCAAAUGCAGUGAAACCGCCAUUAAUCACAGACAUAUUCAACAUUAAUAGCAUAAGCAGUUCUGAGAUCCAGAGUUGUAAAGACCAAUUGUUUUAUCAGGAUAGUACGUGUCCUUGUGGGCACGUGAAAAGAUUAUAUACCUCAGAUAUUGCAUGUAAUGUUACAAGAGGUUCCAGCCUGGAAUCAGUGGACAAUCUGGCUUCAAAUUCAGUAUUAUCCAUGGAAUUAAGGGAAGCAAUUGAAAAUGUACAUUUCAUAGCAGAGAACAUGAGAACCCAGAACGAAGCUAAAGAGAUCCAGAAUGAUUGGAAAUACGUUGCCAUGGUAAUCGAUCGCAUCUUCUUAUGGGUAUUUGUUUUGGUCUGCAUUCUGGGGACUGCUGGACUCUUUUUACAGCCCCUAAUGUUUGGAGUUUGAAAGCAUUUGCAAUCUUUCUUGAUUAUGUUGAGAAGUUGAAAUAUGUUUAAUCUGAGUAAAUUUACUAUGUGUG